ACCCCUCCCGAAAAAAAUGAGUUGUAAGUUGUUGGAUCAUACUGUUCUUCUGUGGUCUUGCGAGGCCGUUGUCAUGUUCUUCCGUUGUUGCGAACAUGACUGCCUCGCGCAACAUUUCUCUCGUCUUACUGCUCCCAAUCCACAAUCAAUGCUGACCGCACACUCGCAUAUAGUCUCCAACAUGCUCAGCAGGCUUCAGGGCCAACCCGAGAGCUACGAUAAGAAGGCUAAAUACCGCUUCGGCCGCACCCUCGGAGCUGGAACCUACGGUAUCGUCCGUGAGGCUGACGGUCCUACUGGCAAGUGUGCCGUCAAGAUUAUUCUCAAGAAGAAUGUGAAGGGCAACGAGAGAAUGGUCUACGAUGAGCUGGACAUGCUCCAGCGUCUCAAGCACUCCCACAUUGUCAAGUUCGUUGACUGGUUUGAGUCGCGUGACAAAUACUACAUCGUCACUGAACUAGCUACGGGCGGAGAGCUGUUCGAUCGUAUUUGCGAGCAGGGCAAGUUCACAGAGAAAGAUGCUUCGCAAACCAUCAAGCAGGUCCUCGAAGCCGUCAACUACCUGCACCAGAACAACGUCGUACAUAGAGAUUUGAAGCCCGAGAACCUGCUGUACCUGACCAGGGAACCCGAGUCCGAUCUCGUCUUGGCCGACUUCGGUAUUGCAAAGAUGCUCGACCGCAAAGACGAAGUCCUCACAACAAUGGCCGGUUCUUUCGGAUACGCAGCCCCUGAGGUCAUGCUGAAGAAGGGCCAUGGCAAGCCGGUAGAUAUGUGGUCCAUGGGUGUCAUCACAUACACUCUGCUUUGCGGUUACUCUCCUUUCCGCUCAGAGAACCUUCAGGAUCUCAUCGACGAGUGCAGUAAUGCCCAGGUCGUCUUCCACGAGCGUUACUGGAAGGAUGUCAGUGAUGAUGCAAAGGAUUUCAUUUUGCAUCUUCUGCAACCAGAGCCCGUCAAGCGCUGGUCGAGUGAGGAGGCCCUCCACCACCCGUGGCUCAGCGGAGAGAAUGCCACCGACCACAACUUGCUGCCCGAGAUCAAGGCCUACAUGGCCAAGGCUCGUCUUCGCCGUGGCAUCGAGAUGGUCAAGCUUGCCAACAGAAUCGAGAUGCUCAAGUCGCAAGAGGAAGACACAGAGGAUUCGGACUUCCCAGCCGACGCUAUCAGCGCCGCAGACCAGUCCAAGCACGUUGGCGCACACGAGGUUGCCGCUGGCGAGAAGCGCAGCCUUUCCAAGACGAUCAAGGGCGCCAUCUUCCGUGAGGUCGUCCUUGCCAAGGUCCGCGAGAUGAAGCAGCAGCAGGACACGCUCAAGGUGAAGGAGGAUGCCGAGAAGGAGCACAGAAGACGCAGCUUUCAGGGUUGAGAAGCGACAAACGUCUCUGUUUGGUGACCUGGGCGGGCCAGCCGGGACUCGGGAAGAUGAUACCACACGGGUUGGAUGAUAUAGCGGGCCACUGAUCACGGCUCAGCAGCGGCUUUGAAGUUUUUUAAGUUGUUACUGCCUUUCGUUGCGCACUCAUUUCGUUUCAGGCCGAAGAUACAUGGCUAGAUGAGCGCGAUAUGGUUGUUGCUUUGCCGGAGCGGGCGGGGGGAACAGAAAAGCCAGGGACAGAUAUGACUUUGAGUAACUCCCAUCAUUUCUUCCAGAAUCGAAUCUCUUCGUGCACACCAUUACUCGACCUUGGUACAUCUUGCUAGCAUUUCACACAGCAUCUGAC